AAAAAACAUUGAUCUGAAGAAACUGCUCAUGCGCGAGAAACAUCAAAACAAGCACAAAGCCAGCUGUCAAAUCGUUGCAACACCGGCGAACAUUACACAAUGUGUUACUAGGCUUUUAGACGCAUCUUCUAUUGGAGACCGGAUGUGGUGAUCAAAGCGUUUAUUUACCAGAUAGAUCACAUCCACCCAGCGCAGAGUUGACCCUCUGACUCACUGUGUCACUGCCUCGGUCAUGGACACAGGUUCAGUAGCAGGUAGGACCAGUUCGGUCUCCGAAGAGAUGGAGGGGAUAUGUGUGAUGCCAGAUAUGAGCAACAUCAAGUCAGAACACCCGGGUGGGAGUGUGGACGACACAGGUGCACAGAACGUGGCCAUGGGGAUCAAGUUCAUCCUGCCCAACCGCUUUGAUAUGAACGUGUGCUCAAGGUUCGUCAAGUCGCUCAACGAGGAGGACAGCAAAAACAUCCAGGACCAGGUCAAUUCCGACUUGGAAGUGGCGUCUGUUUUAUUUAAAGCCGAGUGUAAUAUUCAGACGUCGCCCUCACCAGGGAUACAAGUGCGUCAUGUUUACACCCCAUCCACCACCAAACACUUCUCCCCCAUCAAACAGUCGACAACACUCACCAACAAGCACCGUGGAAACGAGGUGUCCUCCACUCCUCUUCUGGUCCACUCCCUGUCCAUUCACCAGCUGGCAGCACAGGGAGAAAUGGUGUUCUUGGCCAGCAGGAUUGAACAAGAGACCGUGAUUAACCUGCAGGAUGAGGAAGGCUUCACCCCCCUGAUGUGGGCCGCAGCACACGGACAGAUAGCUGUCGUAGAGUUCCUGCUCCAGAACGGAGCGGACCCCAACCUGUUGGCUAAAGGCAGAGAGAGCGCUCUGUCUCUGGCCUGCAGCAAGGGAUACACAGACAUCGUGAAGAUGCUCAUCGACUGUGGGGUGGAUGUCAAUGAAUAUGACUGGAACGGAGGGGUUCCCGUUCUCUACGCUGUCCAUGGAAAUCAUUUGCGUUGUGUGGAAAUUCUCCUAGAAAGUGGCGCCGACCCCACCAUUGAGUCUGACUCUGGCUUCAACGCUAUGGAUAUGGCUGUGGCAAUGGGCCAUAGGAAUGUUCAACAGGUGAUGGAGGCCCACCUACUGAAGCUGCUGAUGGGGAUCAGAGAGUAACCCUUUAACCUGGGGCACAAGAGGGACUACCUGUGAAUGGAAAUACGGUGGACACCAUAAAGAAAAGAGAAAUAAGGCUGAGGAUGAUUGUGGAUCAUAUUGAGACUUAUCUGUUAGGGUGAAGCACAGGUAUGAAUGGUUUUGAUGAAGCAUGUGAGUAUUUAUAGAGACAUGCAACUCAAAUGUGUCAGUUUCAGGCCACCGUUCCGGGUAGAUGCCCUUUUCUUUGAGUUUCGUUUGUUACGAUGUAAAUAAGUUUUGAGCCAAAUGUAAAAGUAGUGCUUAAACCCGACUGUCUGCUCUAAUCAUGCAUUGAUAUCAAUGGAAGAUUUUUGUUAAAGUGCACAAUUUUCAUUUGAGAAUUUUGCUCCUCAAGUAACGGGUAAACACUAUAAAGUUGGGAUGAAAUUAAGUAGGUCAAAUGGAUUGCUGUGGGAAAAAUGUGUGGAUGCUUCUGUAGGUAAAUGUUUUAAUUUGUUUUUGUUUAUGACUGACUUACAUUGGAGGAAAUGAGUUGUUUUCAAGGAAAAAAGAAACCGCACAUUGCUCUUGAUAGUAUCACUGAUAUUUAAUAAGCUUACGUAUCGGCCUCACGGCCCUCGUCAGAGCUUUUGUGAUUUUAUUUUAAAUUAGCACCCUUAUGUAGACCUCGCCCCACCAACCCAUUUCGAUGUGUGGAACGGAUGUGGGUGGCAAAGGGGAAAACAAAUAAAUGCUACCAAAUUUAUACAAUUUGCAUUUCAUAAAUAUUACGUCUUAAACACGUCUGUAAAACCACAAUGAGGACAUAGCAAGUUUUCAUUAAUCAUUGGGUACAUCGUAGGAAAAACAUAGGCAUUUCAUCAUUAAGUCCUUUAGGAAAUAAUGUUUGGAGGUUGAAAAUCCCAAAACAUUCUCUUUUACUCCGAGUAUUAUUAAUAUCACCUCCCCUGUCUGAUAUCUUAACUUUCUCUAUGCCACAAAAUCUAAGGUUGAAAGGUCAUUAAAGUGUACUGCGACUGGAUAAUCCCUGUCGUUUCUCCUGAUUGAACUUCUAUGUUCACUAAUUCUCUGUUUGAGAGAGCGGGAGGUUUUACCGACAUAGCAGAGCCCACGUGGACAUUUAAUAAUGUAAAUAACAUGGGUGGUGGAACACGUAAUUUAUUUAGAACUGUUUUCCUGUGUGUGGGUGACGGAAAUAUUCACACUUCAUCAUAUUGUUGCACUGUGCACAUCCUCUGCAAUCAAAAUGGUAAAAAAAGAAACAGCUUAACAAGAGCACUUUCUCAACCAAAAAUGUUGCUAGGACUGUCUGGGAGUAAUCUAAGUGGGGAGGGGGAAACUAGAUGUUAUUGGCAGAGAGGUUUGGAACUACUUAUUCUAUUAAUGGAUUUACUGCCUGGUGAUGUCAUAGGCAGGCAAACUCCACCCACCAAAACAGGCUGAAAUUUCAGGUAGUCUUUUAAAACAACUCUUACACUACAAUUGCAUAAUUUUCACAGUAUUAUUCCAACCUCAAUGUGGAAAGAUAUAUUAAACACAGGAAAAUAGUAAUGCAUCAUAGCUACAAUAAAGACUACAGAAAAGAAGACGGGCAGAAACUGGUUCUCCGAUAAAAUCCUUGAUACCACUUGGCUACCUAAGCUCACACGUUAUUGGGUUGUGCCUCGCGCAAGUGCCUGCCGUCAAGUCAAAGGCACUCAAAUAAAAUUGUAUUGGUCACAUGCACAUAAUGCUUGUGUUCAUAGCUCCAGUGCAGUAGUAUCUAACAAAACAAAGUUGCUUUGGAGCUAGAAGCAGAGCUGCCAUGUCUGUCGUCAUCUCCUUGUUUUUUACGAAAAUUGAAAACAUGUCAGUUUGUCACUUUUUGUAAAUUUAUUUUUAUUAUUUUACCUUUAUUUAACUAGGCAAGUCAGUUAAGAACAAAUUCUUAUUUUCAAUGACGGCCAAGGAACAGUGGGUUAACUGCCUGUUCAGGGGCAGAACGACAGAUUUGUACCUUGUCAGCUCGGGGAUUUGAACUUGCAACCUUCCGGUUACUAGUCCAACGCUCUUACCACUAGGCCUGAAUGUACUUUGGUGCGAAAAUUGCAAAUCAAUCCCAGUACUUUACCGAGGUUGGGGUAAUAACAUGUUCAAAUACUUUAAACAUUGUCUCGAUUCUAGGUUGUGCCUUUAAAUUGUGAAAAUUAACGAAGGAAGAAUUUGUGAUUUCUCUCAUUGACUUCUCAAACCCCGGACUGGUCUGCUUGUCAAGCGUUCCCGGAAGUCUCGUGAUGUUGCACCUCGGUUUAUAAACUCAAUGUACUAGAUAGGGGAUAACACACUAUUACAUUUCAUAACAUUUAAACUAUUACCUGCACUCCAGAUCGUCAAAUCAGUCAAUAUGGUAUGGGCGUAUUUGUCUAGAACACAUUCAUCUGUUUAUAUCAUGACAAAGUAUAUAUUACGCUUAGAUGUGCUCAAUCUAAAACUGCACCAAAUUAUUCAAUUUAAUUUCCCCUUCAAAUACCAUCUCGGGCCGUUGUUGCCAUACCAACGUAAUCUGCACUCGCUCUGGACAGAGACGAAAUGUAAACUGAACUCUUGAGAUACUCUUAAAUGUGUUUAGGCGAUUAUACAGCAAGCAAGUUACAUAACAUGCUGAAUUUGACACAGUUGAAGUCGGAAGUUCACAUACACCUAGGGGGGAGUCAUUAAAACUCGUUUAUCAACCAUUCCACAAAUUUCUUGUUAACAAACUAUAGUUUUGGCAAGUCGGUUGGGACAUCUACUUUGCGCAUGACAAGUAAUUUUUCCAAUAAUUGUUUACAGAGAUUAUUUCACUAUAUAAUAAUUCACUAUAAUUCACUGUAUCAGAAUUCCAGUGGGACAAAAGUUUACAUACACUAAGUUAACUGUGCCUUUAAACAGCUUGUAAAAUUCCAGAAAAUUAUGUCAUGACUUUAGAAGAUUCUGAUUCUGACACCAUUUGAGUCAAUUAGAGGUGUAUUUCAAGGCCUACCUUCAAACUAAGUGCCUCUUUGCUUGACAUCAUGGGAAAUCAAGACCUCAGAAAAAAAUGGUAGACCUCCACAAGUCUGGUUCAUCCUUGGGAGCAAUUUCCAAACGCCUGUAGGUAUCACGUUCAUCUGUACAAACAAUAAGUACGCAAGUAUAAAAACCAUGGUAUCACGCAGCCGUCAUGCCGCUCAGGAAGGAGACCUGUUCUGUCUCCUAGAGAUGAACGUACUUUGGUGCGAAAAGUGCAAAUCAAUCCCAGAACAGCAAAGGACCUUGUGAAGAUGCUGGAGGAAACCGGUACAAAAGUAUCUAUAUCCACAGUAAAACGAGUCCCAUCUCGACAUAAACUGAAAGGCCGCUCAGCAAGGAAGAAGCCACUGCUCCAAAACCGCCAUAAAAUGCCGGACUACGGUUUGCAACUCUACAUGGGGACAAAGAUCAUACUUUUUGUCCUCUGGUCUGAUGAAAGAAAAAUAGAACUGUUUGGCCAUAAUGACCAUUGCUAUGUUUGGAGGAAAAGGGGGAGGCUUGCAAGCCAAAGAACACCAUCCCAAAUGUGAAGCACGAGGGUGGCAGCCUCAUGUUGUGGGGGUGCUUUGCUGCAGGGGGGACUGGUGCACUUCACAAAAUAGAUGGCAUCAUGGGAAGGAAAAUUAUGUGGAUAUAUUGAAGCAACAUCUUAAGACAUCAGUCAUAAAGUCAAAGCUUGGUCGCAAAUGGGUCUUCCAAAUGGACAAUGACCCCAAGCAUACUUCCAAAGUUGGAAGCAUACAACAAAGUCAAUGUAUUGGAGUGGCCAUCACAAAGCCCUGACCUCAAUCCUAUAGAACAUUUGUGGGCAGAACUGAAAAAGCAUGUGCGAGCAAGGAGGCCUACCAACCUGAUUCAGUUACACCAGCUCUGUCAGGAGGAAUGGCCCAAAAUUCACCCAACUUAUUGUGAGAAGCUUUUGGAAGGCUACCUGAAACGUUUGACCCAAGUUAAACAAUUUAAAGGCAAUGCUACCAAAUACUAAUUGAGUGUAUGUAAAGUUCUGACCCACUGGGAAUGUGAUAAAAUAAAUAAAAGCUGAAAUAAAUCACUAUUUUGACAUUUCACAUUCUUAAAAUAAAGUGGUGAUCCUAACUGACCUAAGACAGGGAAUUUUUACUAGGAUUAAAUGUCAAGAAUUGUGAAAAUUUGAGUUUAAAUGUAUUUGGCUAAGGUGUAUGUAAACUUCCGACUUCAACUGUAGGUAUUAUAGUGUGUUGUAUUUAUUUUUUAUUUCACCUUUAUUUAACCAGGUAGGCUAGUUGAGAACAAGUUCUCAUUUGCAACUGCGACCUGGCCAUGAUAAAGCAUAGCAGUGUGAACAGACAGGCUUUAGGGAUGAUCAGUGAGAUACACCUGCUGGAGUGCGUGCUACGGGUGGGUGUUGCCAUCGUGACCAGUGAACUGAGAAAAGGCAGAGCUUUACCUAGCAUGGACUUAUAGAUGACCUGGAGCCAGUGGAUCUGGCGACGAAUAUGUGGCGAGGGCCAGCCGACUAGAGCAUACAGGUCGCAGUGGUGGGUGGUAUAAGGUGCUUUAGUAACAAAACGGAUGGCACUGUGAUAAACUGCAUCCAGUUUGCUGAGUAGAGUGUUGGAAGCUAUUUUGUAGAUGACGUCGCCAAAGUCGAGGAUCGGUAGGAUAGUCAGUCUAGGGUAAGUUUGGCGGCGUGAGUGAAGGACGCUUUGUUGCGGAAUAGAAAGCCGACUCUAGAUUUGAUUUUUAGAUUGGAGAUGUUUGAUAUGAGUCUGGAAGGAGAGUUUACAGUCUAGCCAGACACCUAGGUACUUAUAGAUGUCCACAUAUUCUAGGUCGGAACCAUUUCAGGGUGGUGAUGCUAGUCGGGCGUGCAGGUGCAAGCAGCGAACGGUUGAAAAGCAUGCAUUUGGUUUUACUAGCGUUUAAGAGCAGUUGGAGGCCACGGAAGGAGUGUUGUAUGGCAUUGAAGCUCGUUUGGAGGUUAGAUAGCACAGUGUCCAAGGACGGGCCAGAAGUAUACAGAAUGGUGUCUACGUAGAGGUGGAUCAGGGAAUCGCCCGCAGCAAGAGCAACAUCAUUGAUAUAUACGGAGAAAAGAGUCGGCCCGAGAAUUGAACCCUGUGGCAUCCCCAUAGAGACUGCCAGAGGACCGGACAGCAUGCCCUCCGAUUUGACACACUGUAGUUGGUGAACCAGGCAAGGCAGUCAUCAGAAAAACCGAGGCUACUGAGUCUGCCGAUAAGAAUAUGGUGAUUGACAGAGUCGAAAGCCUUGGCAAGGUCGAUGAAGACGGCUGCACAGUACGGUCUUUUAUCGAUGGCGGUUAUGAUAUCGUUUAGUACCUUGAGUGUGGCUGAGGUGCACCCGUGACCGGCUCGGAAACCAGAUUGCACAGCGGAGAAGGUACGGUGGGAUUCGAGAUGGUCAGUGACCUGCUUGUUGACAUGGCUUUCGAAGACCUUAGAUAAGCAGGGCAGGAUGGAUAUAGGUAUGUAACAGUUUAGGUCCAGGGUGUCUCCCCAUUUGAAGAGGGGGAGGUUUUGCAGCUCUUUCAGAACAUCUGCUAUCUGGAUUUGGGUAAAGGAGAACCUGGCGGGGCUUGGGCGAGUAGCUGCGGGGGGUGGAGCUGUUGGCCGAGGUUGGAGUAGCCAGGAGGAAGGCAUGGCCAGCCGUUGAGAAAUGCUUGUUGAAGUUUUUGAUAAUCAUGGAUUUAUCGGUGGUGACCGUGUUACCUAGCCUCAGUGCAGUGGGCAGCUGGGAGGAGGUGCUCUUGUUCUCCAUGGACUUCACAGUGUCCCAGAACUUUUUGGAGUUAGAGCUACAGGAUGCAAAUUUCUGCCUGAAGAAGCUGGCCUUUGCUUUCCUGACUGACUGCGUGUAUUGGCUCCUGACUUCCCUGAACAGUUGUAUAUCGCGGGGACUAUUCGAUGCUAUUGCAGUCCGCCACAGGAUGUUUUUGUGGGCAGUCAGGUCUGUUCUUAGUUCUGCAUUUUUUUAAUAGAGCAUGCUUAUCUAAAAUGGUGAGGAAGUUACUUUUAAAGAAUGACCAGGCAUCCUCAACUGGCGGGAUGAGGUCAAUGUCCUUCCAGGAUACCCGGGCCAGGUCGAUUAGAAAGGCCUGCUCACAGAAGUGUUUUAGGGAGCGUUUGACAGUGAUGAGGGGUGGUCGUUUGACUGCGGCUCCGUAGCGGAUACAGGCAAUGAGGCAGUGAUCGCUGAGAUCCUGGUUGAAGACAGCGGAGGUGUAUUUGGAGGGCCAGUUGGUCAGGAUGACGUCUAUGAGGGUGCCCUUGUUUACAGAGUUAGGGUUGUACCUGGUGGGUUCCUUGAUGAUUUGUGUGAGAUUGAGGGCAUCUAGCUUAGAUUGUAGAACUGCCGGGGUGUUAAGCAUAUCCCAGUUUAGGUCACCUAACAGAACAAACUCUGAAGCUAGAUGGGGGGCAAUCAAUUCACAAAUGGUGUCCAGGGCACAGCUGGGAGCUGAGUGGGGUUGGUAGCAGGCGGCAACAGUGAGAGACUUAUUUCUGGAGAGAGUAAUUUUUAAAAUUAGUAGUUCCAACUGUUUGGGUAUGGACCUGGAAAGUAUGACAUUACUUUGCAGGCUAUCUCUGCAGUAGACUGCAACUCCUCCCCGUUUGGAAGUUCUAUCUUGACUGAAAAUGUUAUAGUUGGGUAUGGAAAUCUCAGAAUUUUGUGUGGCCUUCCUGAGCCAGGAUUCAGACACGGCAAGGACAUCAGGGUUAGCAGAGUGUGCUAAAGCAUUGAGUAAAACAAACUUAGGGAGGAGGCUUCUGAUGUUGACAUGCAUGAAACCAAGGCUUUUUCGAUCACAGAAGUCAACAAAUGAGGGCGCCUGGGGACAUGCAGGGCCUGGGUUUACCUCCACAUCACCCGCGGAACAGAGGAGGAGUAGUAUGAGGGUGCGGCUAAAGGCUAUCAAAACUGGUCGCCUAGAGCGUUAGGGACAAAGAAUAAAAGGAGCAGAUUUCUGGGCAUGGUAGAAUAUAUUCAGGGCAUAAUGUGCAGACAGGGGUAUGGUGGGGUGCGGGUACAGCGGAGGUAAGCCCAGGCACUGGGUGAUGAUGAGAGAGGUUGUAUCUCUGGACAUGCUGGUUGUAAUGGGUGAGGUCACCGCAUGUGUGGGAGGUGGGACAAAGGUGGUAUCAGGGGUAUGAAGAGCGGAACUAGGGGCUCCAUUGUAAACUAAAACAAUGAUAACUAACCUGAACAACAGUAUACAAGGCAUAUUGACAGAUACAUUAGCAAACCACCCCAGAGAGCAGUGCAUUAUAGGUUUUGUAGUCAACUAGAAUUGCAAUGGAUUUCCACAAAGACUUUGAUACCAAUAUUAUAACGACAAAUUGAAACGUUUCACCAAAAAAUAUUGUUUUCACAGUGGUAUCUAACACUAUUAUAGGAAUUAGUGGCUUGGUUUAUCCCUUUUUAGUGUGAUGCACAGAUUCAAGUCAUUUGGACAGUUGACAAAGGGCCUUUUGAAGGUACACUACAUGGCCAAACGUGGACACCUGCUUGUCGAACAUCUCAUUUGAAAAGCAUGGGCAUUAAUGAAGUUGGUCCCCCCUUUGCUGGUCUAAAAGCCUUCAACAAUACAUGUACUGUAUACAGUAUGUUAAUGUUAUUUAUGGUGUUUUCCUGUCUUAUGUACACUUUAGGUAACAGUAUCUGACUGUUUGCUGCAUAUCUCUGAAAUAAAGUAAUUUUCUGGGUUGUUACACUA